CAGACUCCAGAAUCACAGUAGUAGGGUUUAAGAAGUGGCUCACCCGCCUACCUUGCUUCCUCCUUUUGCAAACACUUGGUGGGGAGUUGCAGGCUUGCAGCCGCUGAACGUAGAUCCUCGACCUUCCUCACUGCAACAACCCAAUAAUCAACAAUGGGUAUUUCUCGGGAUUCCAUGCACAAGAGACGUGCCACAGGAGGCAAAAAGAAAGCAUGGAGGAAGAAGCGAAAGUACGAGCUCGGGAGACAGCCUGCGAACACUAAACUAUCGAGCAACAAGACGGUAAGGAGGAUUAGGGUCCGAGGAGGGAACGUGAAAUGGCGUGCGUUGAGGCUUGACACGGGCAACUACUCAUGGGGGAGUGAGGCUGUGACCCGCAAGACUCGUGUACUGGAUGUGGUCUACAAUGCUUCUAACAACGAGUUGGUGCGUACCCAGACCCUGGUGAAGAGUGCAAUCGUUCAGGUCGAUGCUGCUCCUUUCAAGCAGUGGUACCUUCAACAUUAUGGCCGCGACAUUGGUCGCAAGAAGAAGGCUUCCUCUUCCGCCAAGAAAGAUGGAGAGGAAGUUGAGGCUAACACCGAAGAGGCAAAGAAAAGCAGCCAUGUCCUGAGGAAACUCGAGAAGCGCCAACAAGAUCACAAGCUUGAUCCUCAUAUUGAAGAGCAGUUUGGUGGUGGUCGGUUGUUGGCUGCAAUCUCAUCCCGGCCUGGUCAGUGUGGUCGAGCUGAUGGAUAUAUCCUGGAGGGCAAAGAGCUAGAGUUCUACAUGAAGAAGAUCCAGAGGAAGAAGGGGAAGGCUGCAGGAGGUGCUGCUUGAGUUUUUUUUUCAUUUACUUUUGUCUUUGAGCUUCUCCUUUGUUAUUUAUUUUUUGGGGUGGGGGUUACAUUUUGCAUUUCUAUAUAUCAAGUUAUAAACUAACUCAGCUUAGAUGCCCCACAGUUUGAACUUUCCCUCCUCAUUUGGGGAAAAAUUUUCAUUGAAUUGCGCAGAACACCAGUUCAUUA